GUCUUGAUCAACGGUAUAUGGAUGAUCGUAUCACCCCCUCGGGCCAUCCACCACUACCCCACACGGGAGGAUAACCUGCUGGUCUGCGCGUCAUAUGUCAAUGCUUCAUACAUGAUAGCGUUUGGCUACCCCAUAUUGCUCAUCCUGGUUUGUACCGUGUACGCUGUCCUCACUCGGAACAUACCUGAGGCAUUCAACGAGAGUAAGCACAUAGGGUUCACAAUGUACACUACUUGUGUGAUAUGGCUGGCAUUCGUACCUCUGUACUUCGGCACUGGUCACCACAUGCCGCUCCGCAUCACCUCCAUGUCCGUGACUAUCAGUAUGUCCGCCAGCGUCACUCUGGUCUGCCUCUUCUCUCCUAAGUUAUACAUCAUCUUGGUCCGACCAGAGCGCAAUGUACGCCAGUCCAUGAUGCCAAGUCGGCACGGACUGUUCAAGUCCGGCACUGCAGCCAGUGUCAUGGUCGGUGCAGCUCCAGUGGCCCAUACUCACCAACCGUUUGCUCAAGUCCUUGGUCAAAGAGAAUGCAUAGCUCUGGAGAUUCAAUGA